CUCGUGGGGGCUGAUUUUAAAAUCUUAAAAAAAAAAAAAGAGCUCCGAAAUGCAGCCAACCCAACGGCAUCUCCACCGUUUGAUUGUGAUUUGAUGAUGAUGUUGAAGAAGAAGAAACUUCUUCCACAGCUCAAAGGGAUGUAAGAUAUGGAGAGAGAAAGGUGUUUGGGUAAUUGGGUUUUGUUUAGAAACGUGUUUGGUGAAUUGAAUUUUGCUCAGAAUUGAUUUUGGUUUGCUUAGAGAAGUGUCUAGUGAAUUGGAUUUUGCUCAGAAUCUAUUUUGGUGAGCUGACUUUUCUGUACUGAAGAGAGUUUGUUGAGUUGGGUUUUGAUUAGAAGAGAUUCUUUGAAUCAGGUUUUGUUCAUAAUGGCGCUUGGUGAUUUGGGUUUUGAUUGAAGGACUUCUUGCUACUGGGAUUUUGCUCAGGAGAGAUUCGGUUGGAUUGCGUUUCUUUCACAAAGGCGUUUGGCGCGAUUUGAUUUUAUUUUUUUUUUGGAAGGGAAUUUUGUGAUUUGGAUUUUGAUCAGAAGAGAAUUUAGUGGUUUGGGUUUUGCUUAGGGAGGGAUUUGGUGAUUUGGUUCUUGCUUGGGAAAGAAUUUGGUGAAUUGGGUUUUGUUAAAAGAAGUGUGUUUUGAUUUGGGUUUUUCUCAAGAAAGUUCCAGUUUUGGAUUAGGGCGAGGAAAUUUUGGAGAUUUGGGGUGUUUUGGUCAGGAAAGUUUGGAGAGUUGGGUUUGACUCAAGAGGAAUUUGGUGACUAAUUCUGCUCAAGGAAGUUUUGGUUUUCACCUUUUGCUGGAUGCUCGGUGAUUUCGAGUUUUGAUCAGUGAAGUUUGCCGAAUUUCGUUUUGGCUGAUUUGGUUUUCGGUGAGGGGCGAAUUGGGUGAAGAUGUCUGCUUCAUCUCCUUCUCCUACAUCUUCUCCUUCAGUAGUUCCACCCCCUUUGGCUACUCCACAACCACCUUCCUCGCUUUCUCCUCCACAAUCUCAACCCACUCCGAGUUCCAAUCAACCUUUGCCUUCAAAUUCUUCCAAUCCUUCCCCAUCACUGCCCGCUAAAUCCCCUCCCCCCUCCUCGUCUUCUUCACCACCAAUCUCUCUAUCCACCCCACCUCCUCCUCGUCCCGCUUCAACUCCUCCAGCUUCUCCACCUGUACAGUCCUCGCCUCCACCUCUUGUUCUUUCCCCGCCUCCAAUUCCAGCUUCACCCCCUCCUGCAUCUCCUCCAGUUUCAGCUUCCCCACCGCCUCCAACACGAUCGCCCGCUCCACCUCCUGCCAAUCCCCCUCCUGUAGUUUCCCCCCCUCCCUCAUCACCUCCUCCACCUCCUCGAACAGUCUCACCUUCACCACCACUUAUCUCACCUCCUCCUCAAGCAGUCUCACCUUCACCACCACUUAUCUCACCUCCUCCUCAAGCGGUCUCACCUUCACCACCACUUAUCUCACCUCCUCCUCAAGCGGUCUCACCUUCACCACCACUUAUCUCACCUCCUCCUCAAGCGGUCUCACCUUCACCACCACUUAUCUCACCCCCUCCUGUCACCAUUCCUCCACCAUCACCCGCCAAUUCUCCACCUCCGCCUUCAGCAAAGCCACCCAAAAAUUCAUCUCCACCUUCUGUCCUACCAUCCCCUGCCCCUUCUAGUUCUCAUUUAACACCUCCGCCUACACUCAGAAAUGAACCACAGCCUGUGCCUCCUCCUCCUACUCCUCCAGGCAAUUCUUCUGCUCGCGGAACUCCUCCAACUCUACCCUUACCCCCGCCCAUCAUGCCAGGGAAUGCCGAUACUCCAGUUAGUCGUACUCCCACAAAAUCAUCCAAUAACCCAGAUGUUAGUGGAGUGCCAGGAAAUGCAAAUUCCUCGAGGAGUGGUGGGAUUAAUACAGGAGCUGCUGUGGCAAUUGGUUUGGGAGUAGGUUUUAUUGUGCUUAGUGUCAUUGGUUUAGCUGUAUGGUUGGUCACGAGGAGAAAUAAAAAGGUGGCUGGAUUCGGUGGUGGCUAUGUUAACGCUACACCACUCCGCUCUUCCUAUAAGUCAGAGUCGCCACAUUCAAAGCCUCCUUCUUCAGCUCCUCUUGUAGGAAAUGGCUCCAGCAGCAGUGGAUUACCAUAUUCACCACCUGAGCCAGAUGGAUUAGGCAAUUCAAGAUCGUGGUUCACAUUUGAAGAGCUAAUAGAGGCCACAAAUGGGUUUUCAGAGCAGAAUCUUUUGGGUGAAGGUGGAUUUGGUUCUGUAUAUAAAGGUUCCCUGCCAGAUGGAAGAGAAGUGGCUGUGAAACAGCUAAAAGUUGGUGGCGGGCAGGGAGACCGAGAGUUCAGAGCAGAAGUAGAGAUUAUUAGUCGCGUGCACCAUCGCCAUUUGGUUUCGCUAGUGGGAUACUGCAUAUCUGAGCAUCAAAGAUUGCUUGUUUAUGAGUACGUCCCAAACAACACGCUUUAUUAUCAUCUUCAUGUGCAUAUGGAUUUUGCAGGGCAAGGAAGUCCAGCUAUGGAGUGGGCCACCCGGCUUAAGGUUGCUGCUGGUGCAGCUCGUGGAAUAGCAUACCUACAUGAAGACUGCCAUCCUCGAAUUAUACACAGGGAUAUAAAGUCAUCAAACAUUCUUUUAGAUAACAAUUUUGAUGCUCAGGUUUCAGAUUUCGGGCUUGCAAAGUUAGCUUUGGAUUCUUUCACACAUGUAACUACACGAGUAAUGGGAACCUUUGGGUAUUUGGCUCCGGAGUAUGCAUCAAGUGGAAAGUUGACUGAAAAAUCUGACGUUUACUCUUUUGGGGUUGUGCUUUUGGAACUGGUUACUGGGCGCAAGCCUGUCGAUACAUCUCAACCCUUGGGAGAUGAAAGUCUGGUUGAAUGGGCUCGACCAUUGCUGUGUCAUGCACUUGAUAAUGGAGACUUUGAAGGUUUAGUUGAUCCAAGGCUUGAAAAGAACUACAUUGAAAGUGAGAUGUUUCGGAUGAUUGAGGCAGCUGCCGCAUGCGUGAGGCAUUCAGCCACAAAGAGACCGAGAAUGGGUCAGGUGGUGAGAGCUCUGGAUGGUAUAUCGGAAUCUGGGAAUCUGAGCAACGGCCUCACACCAGGUCAAAGCGAACUGUUUAUUUCAGCACAACACUCGGCAGAAAUCAGAUUGUUCCAGAGGAUGGCAUUUGGGGGUGAGGAUUUCAGCACCGAUUUCAGCCAGACUAGCUGGAGAACUGAGAGGGAAUUGUAACCAGGUUCCGUUAGCUCUUUUUACAGUGUUUCCAUAUUAUUUCUGUAAUUUUAUGUUUCCUUAAUUAAUUGGGAUGCUUUUACUGGUGAAUUUUUCCCCCUUUAUAUUCUUUAUAGAGGUGUCAAUAAAACUUGCUUUUUCA